AUGAAGGAAGCGAUUGUUAGGAAGGACACAUCAGUCGACAUUGUCGAUUCCCCCAUCCCAAAGCCGGGGCCUGGCUAUGUGUUGAUCAAGGUUAUCGUCGCCGGUUCCAACCCGAAGGAUUGGAAGAUCCCUAUCGUGCUCGGUUAUGAUAUGAAUACCGGUGACGAUAUCGCUGGUACCGUGGAAGCCGUGGGAGAUGAUGUCGUCGGAUUCAACAAAGGGGACCGCGUGGCCGCGUUCCACGAGAUGAGGACCUCACAGGGGGCCUUCGCCGAGUACGCCAUUGCACCCUACUACACUACAUUCCACAUUCCCGACUCAACAACCUUCGAGGAAGCUGCCACGAUUCCUCUGGCCGCCUACACAUCCGAGCUCGAGUUACCAGAGCCCUGGUCGCCACUCUCUAAGGCCGCUAGUAAGGAGGGUACUAAGCGUCCUCUUAUUAUCUAUAGAGCUAGUACUGCCAUAGGAGCUUUCGGUAUCAAGCUUGCAGCGGUCGCUAAUAUUCAUCCUAUUAUUGCCGUUGGCAGUAAGCGAAGCGAAUUUAUCAAGCCCUUCCUUGAUGAAAGCAAGGGAGAUGUCCUCGUUGACUAUACCGCUUAUAGUACUAAGGAGGAGUUGAUCAAAGCGAUCCAGGAGGCUGUCAAGAAGGGAGGUGCUCCCGACGGCCGCUGCUGGAAGGCUUUUGAUAGCGUUUCCGAAGAUGAUACGAUCAGGCUCGUCAUUAAGGUCAUUGCUAGCCCGCCGGACGCUACUGGUCGGAGGCCAAAGGUGACUAACAUCCUUCUCAAAACCGAGGUCGAGGACUCUGACCCGAGCGUUAAUAUCGUCUUCUCUCUAGUCGGUCACGUUCACUACGAGGAUGAGAAUAACAAGCUCAUUAGCGUGGUAUGGGGCGCAGCAUUUGCCCGGGGUCUGCGUGAGGGUUGGCUCACAAGCCAUCCUUACACUAUAGGGGAAAACGGUCUCGAGGGAUUGUCUGAAGGCCUAAAGGGCCUUAAAGACGGAAAGAUUCGCGCGCAGAAGUUCUUGACGCGCCCCAGCGAGACACCGGGUGCAAGCGAUUGA